CGUUAGAUGUCUUCUCUGUUGGUGUUGUCGGGGAUUUGAUUGAAAUCGAUUUCUCGGGCGACAAAAGUUUAUUUUCUUCUUUCAGACAAAAGCUAUUGAGUUUGUUAACAUUCAAACGAUGUCGUUUUAUUAAAUAAGAGAAUAUUCCCUCCGGCGUCGUUUUGUCACUUCUGGGUACCACACAUUUUAUUUUCUCGUGAGAACAGAGUUUGCUGUUUUUGGACGUUGAAAUUAGACUAGUUUCUUGUGAUGAUGUGAGCUUUGCAUGCAAAAACAUAGAUUUUGGUUUGCAUCAUUCUCUAUUAUUUUACUUAUUCUAGUGUGUUUAAAAAAAAAUGUUUAACUGGCUUUAUGCUAAUGGGAGAACUGUAAGGAUCAUGUGUUUUCUUCAAAUGUUUAUGAAGAGAAGCUAAACCUGGAAGAAACUCACAAGUUGAUUGAACAAAGAAAGCCAUUUGGUCAUCAGUAAAGUGAGUUUCUCAAAAGUCUUCUAGAAUUCUUUUGGUUGAAAUACUAUUUCAUUUUUCAAUUCAAAUUUCUCAUCUUUUAUUUAUUUUAUUUGUGAAAGACUACUCGAGAGACUCACUAAUGUGCAUGUUCUUGUUUCUUUAAUAUUCGCAUGGAAAUUGAUAGCCUUCUUGGAAUAUCAACCUUCAGCCGUACGUUGAUACAAUUUUCAUUCUCUAUCCAGUUACACAAAUAGUAUUUUUGUUUCAAGUUUAUAUUCAUUAUAUAUCUUGAGCUUUUGUGGCAUCUAUAAACGUUAAGAAAAAUGUGUUGCGCAUGUUGCCUUUUUGACCAACUUGUAUAGUUCUUUGUUUUUCUGCUUUCUGAUUCCUCAACAAUAUGGAGUUUGUCUCACAUACUAAGUCAAAGAAUCUAACAACGGUUAGUUGUUUUCCUAUAGUUUCCAUGUCUGACAACAUUAUGAACCCAUGCCUGUUAGUUUGUUAUGGAAUCUAGGCUGUAAAUGGAAUCUUAACCUUAAACCUAAACUUCUUGUUAAGUUUCUGGUUGUAGCUUUGAAUCACAGAAACAUGUUGAUGAUGUUUAUGAGCAAAGAAAAUUUGCUUGCAAAUGAAGCAAAACAAAAAAAAACAGGUUUUCAACCAUGUACUUUUACCUUCUUAUUAUUACAUCCAUGCACAUCAUAAUAACCUAUACAUAGCUAAUUUUUAGUAAAUUCCAGUAGUCUUUUCUAUUUUUCACCCAUUAGGACACAACCAUAUCUUCACUUCUACCACUUUCUAAACAUAGAAAUUAACCCCAUGACUUUGAAUUGGUCAAAAUCUCUCUCUUUCUUGUCUCAUUGUCUCUUGUCUUAUAUCAGCUUGUCUCUCCUCCCACAUUUCUCUCCAUCCCCCUGCAUUCCCUUCCCACCAGGAGAAAUCUAAGGAACCGAACUCGCCAAACCCAUCAAACAAUGCCCUCAAACAAACCAUCUUCCAUCUUCCCUUUACAUCACAAACCAACACCAUUAAAACCUUCAAGCAGUACCAACACCACAAACCAAGCAUGCGCUGCAUGCAAAUACCAACGUAGAAAAUGCGCUCCAGAUUGUCUUCUCGCUCCUUAUUUCCCUCACGACCGUCACCGCCAAUUCCUCAACGCGCAUAAGCUCUUUGGUGUCAGCAACAUCACCAAGAUCAUCAAAGACCUUAGCCCUCCUGAGAAAGACGCCGCUAUGCAUACAAUCAUGUUUCAGUCUGAUGCUCGUGCCAAUGAUCCCAUUGAAGGUUGCUAUAGCAUCAUAAGAAGGCUUCAGUACGAGAUCGAAUAUAAUAAGAAUGAAUUGGACAUGGUUCUUCAUCAACUGGCUGUUUUCCGUGACCGUGCUCAUAAUCAUUAUCAAGAACCGCAUAUGCAGAUGCAAGAACCUGAGGAUCUCUCGAGUUCUUGUGAUCUAAACAACAACAAUGUGAUUCCUUACAGUUACCCUCUUCAUCAUGUCCAAGAACCAAAUCAACAGCAACAACAAUAUUGUUCUUCUGGAAACUUUAAUGGGUUACAAGAAGACAUGUGGUGUCUUCAACUUCAAGAAUCAUCAACGACAGUGAAUAUAAAGGGUGGCUUCAUUGAUGAAUGCGAAGACGUUAAGGCUGUAGAAGAGAUUUCUAACGAGUUCGAGCAUCAUGAUGGUUUCGUUGAAGACAGUAAACUCGACCUGCCUUCCGCACAAUUCAUUGUUUCUUCUUAGCUUUUUCUUUUCUUGAUUUAAAAAUCAUUUUUGUAGGACUAAUUAACAUCCCCCUCAUUGAUCGAUUUCAUUAGAUUUUUUUUAACCUUACUUUGUUUUAUUUUGAAUCUCAAUAGAUGUUUUUCAAUAUCUGAUUUGGUUAAAUUUGUUAUAGGAUUAGACGUGAAAGUGACAUGUAACUUUCAAGAUAUAUGUUGCACAAGAAUUUUAUGAAUAAGAAUAGUCCGAGAAAACAUAAUUAUUUUCAUUUCAAUAGUUCGUGUCUGGUGUCCAGAAUUAUUAUUUUUUUAAAUAGCUCGUGUUUGAAAUAAGAUCAUGCAAUAAUAACGUGUCUUAUUAAGCACGAGCUAGCCACUGAUCAAAUAACUAUAAGAUAAGAAAUGUUUCCUAACAUAAUUAACAUUACAUGUAACAUGAAGCUUCUCAGAGUUGCAAGCACAAGAAUGCUUUAUGGCCAUCCAGUUUUCUACUUUAAAUAAAAAAGAAAGUAAUGAACACGCUGACAAAAAAAAAAGAGAUAGGCCCAAAAUAGAAAAUAAGGCCUCAUGAUAAAUAGGCCCAUUUAAGCUGUUAACGAUUUCUAUAGUCCCACAUCGCUCAGGUGAAGAGCAGGAGUUUUGUUUAUAUAGCGAUGGAGUCACGAAGGUGAUUGUCCCUUCGGGGACAUCCGAUAAAAUUGGAACGAUACAGAGAAGAUUAGCAUGGCCCCUGCGCAAGGAUGACACGCACAAAUCGAGAAAUGGUCCAAAUUUUU